UUUCUUCUGCCUUCGGUAACGGAAGCGUCUGGAGUGUAAGCAGUGACGUGACCUGCACUGCUACGCUUGGCCUGCUUCCUUCUUCCCCGCCUCCUCCCCCAACACAUACACUCCUCCCCACUCUCCGGCCAACAUGUGGGGAGCGAGCUCGGGGUGGGCGGCAGAUGCGAUUUGGGUCAUUCUUCCUUACUUAGUAAGUAUCUGGAAUCUACUUGUUUACCCUGUACUUCCUGUCUAAAGGUAGUGCCUAUGGUCUGAAUUUUUAAAAUUGUGGGAGUACUUAUGUCUUUCAUCAGUAGUUUAUUCUGGAAGCUGUGUUCCUUCCAGAUGCAUAAAAUUGUCUAGGUGAAUGUAUCUUCAGUGUUCAUAACUUUUUUGAAAGCCAGUACUGAUUUGAAUGAUUAAAUUCAAGGUCCUAAACUAAUGUUGGCAUGUAGCUGUGAUCUGACAGUUUUGGUAGAAAUAUGAGGAAACCAAAGUUUACCCAAAAAGUCUAAAUUGUGUUCCUCUUAGCUGUAAAAAUGUGUGUACACUACAGUACAUCAGCCUGUAGAAGAAAACAGGGCCAAAUAUUCAUGUAAUCAGAAGAAUCAAGUUGAAGGUGGAAGUUGAUCAUCAAAAGAUCUUGGCCAAUUGUGCUUUAAUGCCAAGUGAACGUAGGCUCUAUGGCUUUGUAUUGUUGUGAAGAAUGGAACAGAGAAUGGUUUUCUUACUGUUACAAAGUAUUUUUGCCACAUAGCUGAUGUACCUUUAGUAUAUUUUGCUUAAGCUUGAGGUAGCUGUUCAUAUAGGUAGAUUUGCAUGCUUCCUUUUGUUCUUAAGUAGAUUUGCUCACAAAUUCUGCAUAUUAGAGAUGUUGUGAGAAGAUCUGUCUCUGAUUCCCCUGGUAUCUGUUUAUGUUUUUAUAGUCCUUUGAAGCUUAUGACGAUGAACAAUCAUUCCUCAUUUGAGAUGCAGAGCUGUGUCCAUGAGGAGGCUUCUAGGAUUGUUUCUGCAACAACCACAGAGAGCAAAUAAGGCAGGGUGGUGCUAGCAGUUUUCUGCACUGAACUCCUGCCUUAGCAGAACUGGCCAGUUGGUGCCUACUUGUAGAUUCUAGUAUGCAUUCUUCAGGUUGCUCUGUACCUUUUUCUGGGUUGAAGUGUUCAGGAAAGAACUAAAGCAUUCAGGAUAUUAACUGUACUUUAUUUAACUUAUUUAUACUAGAGUGCAUUGUUCUACUUCUUGAAAGAGAAAGUUAAGUUGAGGAAACAGUUGGGAAGAGUGCCAGUCAUGGUUAAGCAGUUUGUCCAGAUGAUUUGCUAGUAAUUUCUGGGAGGAGGUCAUACUUCUUCCUCUGAAAGUUCCCCCAGUGCUUCAUAUUUGAUGUCUGGGGGGGUUCAAGCAUGGAGCUGGUAUGUUAAGAUAUAUAUGUAAUUAAAGUGAAGUACUUUCAGGGUUUUCAGGAUUUUAUUGUUGAACGAGGAAGAGAACUGACUAGGAUUAUUCUAAAGGUAUACUGGCAUAGCUGUUGGUGGGCAUGAACUUGCCUAGCUACUUUUUAAACUUACAUAAACUUGCAAUAUCCACAGCAUGCUGUGGAAAGAAAUAUCAUAGUUUGCCAUCUCUGUUAUGAAGAAGUUUCUCUUUAGAUUGUUGUGAACUUAACACAUGCAAACUUUGAUGUAUGUUUUUCAUGUAGAAAGAAAAUGUCAUCAGUUAUUCUCUACUCAGUUUUGCCAUAAUUUUAUAGACCUGUGUUGUGACUCUUCCCCUGUCCUUUUUUCCCCUCAUCCUGAAGAACCCUCACUAUGUUGGUAAUAGUGUGUGUGAAAGCCUCUGUUUUUUUCCAGUGUGAACCACUGCACCAGAACAGAGUGCCAGGUAAUUUUGUUGUAUCUUUUUUAAGUUAAGCAGUGUUGAGGAGCAGUGCACCAUGGACUCUAGUGUCUUAUUUUUUUUGUAACAUCUCAACAUCCGGUAUGAUCUAUUUAUGCCUGGAAAUGUUUCAAAGAACAUCUGAAGACCUUUUUCCAAAGAUGGAAAGUUCAGUUGAAGAGAUGGAUACCUCUGAUACUCAGUGGGGCUGGUUUUAUUUGGCUGAGUGUGGUAAAUGGCAUAUGUUUCAGACUGAUUCAAAUAGUCAUUGCUCAGUUAGCAGUGAAGAUAUUGAAAGGAGCUUCAGAACAAACCCAUACGGUUCUGUUUCUUUUACUACUGCAAAAUUUAACUACACACUAGACUUUUCAGAGAUGAAACAAACCAACCUAACUACCCUUAAACAACGUCCAAUAAAGCGAGCUCCCUUUUCUAUCAGUGCUUUCAGUUUCAUCUGUGAAAAUGAGUCCAUCCCUAUGCCUUCACACUGGGAGAACGUAAAUCCUGAGGAGCCGUAUCAGCUUAUUCCUUUGCAAAAGAAAACAAAUGAAUACAAUGAAGUUUCUAAUCUCUUUGGAAAAACAAUGGAUAGCCACCGAAUAAAAAGAAUAAAGAGAAUACAAAAUCUAGACUUGUGGGAGUUUUUUUGCAGGAAGAAAGCCCAACUGAAGAAGAAGAGAGGUGUGACAACUAUUAAUGAGCAGAUGUUAUUUCAUGGCACCAGUAAUGAAUUUGUAGAAGCAAUAUGUAUUCAUAACUUUGACUGGAGAAUAAAUGGAAUGCAUGCUGCUGUAUAUGGAAAAGGGACCUACUUUGCAAGAGAUGCAUCAUAUUCCAGUCGUUUCUGCAAAGAGGAUAUGAAGCAUGGAGAUACUUUCCAAAUUCAUGGUGUGAAUCUGCAGCCUCAUCUGCACAAACCAGAUAAAGUCAUGUUUCUUGCUCGUGUAUUAACUGGCGACUAUAUCAAUGGUGAUUCAAAAUACAUGAGGCCUCCUUCAAGAGAUGGAAGUUUUGUGAACUUGUAUGACAGCUGUGUGGAUAAUACUUGGAAUCCAAAGAUAUUUGUUAUCUUUGACGCCAACCAAAUCUAUCCUGAGUACUUAAUAGAAUUCUGUUAAGUUUAAUGAAGCUGAACUGAAUAUUUGUGUCUUUUUGGUACUUUUUUUCCUUUCACAAAAACAACAGCAUGAAAGCCCAAACUGUGAAAGGACAGAGGUGAAAGAAAAGCUAGCAUACGUUUAUGAAGCUGUUAAACAUUUAAGAGAGAUUGUCCAUCUGCUUUUAAAAAUUUGUAAACAAACUUCACUAAUGCCUUUUUACAAUGUAAGGGAGUAUUACGAGUCUGAAAUUGCUUAGUGAAUGCAUUAGUAAGUUUUUGUUCAAAGACGAGACUUAUGUUCUGAGUUCUUGAAAAUAUGUUGCAAGUAGUUAUUUGUGUGAUAAUAAUAUGCUUGUAAUACUGUAGCUCUGUGAUUAAACAAACCUUUUAUAAAGAUUGUUUGUAGGACUUAAAUCCAAACCUUCUCCUAUGUGUAUGUAUGUGUGUUUUGUAGUGCACAUUUCAAGAUGUACAGGACCUAAUGAUCAACAAAGCUGCUACAUUUAGCUUGAAGGUAAGCUUCAGUUAUAUCCUUGCUUGGUUACAAAACUCUUUCACUACAAUUUCGAGUUUGCUUUUGACAAAAAUGAUGCCCUAGGGCUCUUGUGGUUUGUAGCUGUUCAGUGCUGGGAUGUCAUCACAGCCAUAUACCUUUCUGAGUUCUUGCUCUGCAUUUUUGCCAUGUCAUUGUAGUAUGUAUGUGCAUGCACGUAUUUGCAUGCAGAUUACAUAAUCUUGUCUGAUCACUGUUUAAGAAGCACUCAGUGCUGGUUUACUUGCUGUUACCAAAGAUUGCAUAGGUUAACUUCACUGCGAAUAACACAAAGUUAAACCAACAACAAAACUUUUCAAAAGAUGUCAUUCUUUCAUUUUUUAACACCUCAAUAAAAAAGGUUUUAACAACAUAUGUUUAGAUAGGUUUUCCUAAUUUGUGUAGUUGUAAAAUUAAGGAGUGUUUUUGACAAAAAGAACAGAAGAAACUAUAAGCAGCAUAUGUAAGUAUCCAAACACAUGAAUAAGAGCUCGAAGAAGGGAGCUGUAACUAUGAUAUGUACUGAAAUCUUAGCUGAUUUGCCAUAAAAUUGUAUUCCUAGUGAUUUUAUUUGCUAAGAGACAUAAUGAGGAACACUAUGAACAUAAUGAAACAUAAAAACGGAUUCGUUAAGCCUUCCAUGCUUCUUCAAGCUUGCCUUUGGCUAUGUAACAAAUCCUUACAGACAGCAUUAAGGCAGGUAGGGACUAAUCUUCAUUGGUUUAUCAUGGAAUCGUUAACAGACUUCUUGGAACAAUGGCUGUAUUUAAAAUUCACUACGUGUCUGGCUUCCUAACUGUCUCUGAUGUCUCGUCCUUUUCCCUUCUGUUGUUAUCUUUAGCUGUCAACGGAACUUGCGCAAAUUGGAUGCCUGUUUAAAUUUAUAACUUUAUAGAUGGUUUUCCGUUUGAGAUAAAGAUGCAUAUUUUUUUCUUUAUCUUAGAUGAAUAUUUGAUCUCUGAUUCCAGCUGAGAACUGCAGGUCCUACAAUUGAAGCAUGGUUCGUGUUUGAUUCAUAAAUAUGCUAGCUGUGCACACUGUUUCCCACGCUGUGUAAAAUAGCACAUCAUAUGGAGAGUUUUUAGUUACAUUCGUUACAUUGAAUUUCAUUCUUAACCAGUAGUCUACGGCAUACGUCCUUCAUGAAACUAGCAGAAACUCAUGCUGUUGUCACUUCGAUUUGUUCUUUUAUUUCUUCUGAAGUUUGUACUGAUCUUUAACUAGGAAGCAAAGCUUUUUUUGUUGUCUUGCUUUAUUUUGUUGUUGUUUUUUUUUUAAGGGUCUCAUAGUCACAAAGUAUGAGCUGAUCAACUGAAGUAUCUUUUCCAAUAGUUCAUAUGCUGUUCUCUUGUUUACUACUUAGUUAAAUCAAAUGGCAGAAUCUUUAUCUUACCAAAUCACUGCACAAUUGUAGUUUCAGCUCUUAUUGAAUGUACGUUCUGAUUACCAGUGAUUAUCUUUGUGCUGAUUAAUGCUGAUACUUAAACUAUUUCUUCCUCUUGCUGGCAAGGGGAGAGAGAUUUAUAAGUGCAAGUAAAAUCCAGAAAGGUAAUGGUAACCAGUACAAGAAAUAGUUGGGCUUAAUAAAAGGAACAUUGAAAGAGGAAGAAAAUUUUUUUUUUUUUGGACUAAGGAGUGUUAAAUAAAUGAAAAGAGAUUUGGUGUGAUUAUGGGAAACAAAAGUUGCUAUUGUCAAUUACUGUUACAUGUUGUCAAAUUUUUCUUCCAUUUUCUUUUAACACCUUUGUAAAAGAGCAUGCUCUUCUCUCAUGUGUCGUACUUGAGGUAAAAUUUUCUUAUUCAGUUAGUUUUAUUGCAGAAUGUUUUCACAUAGGCUUAAUAUUUUUUAAGAUCUCAUUUCUGUAUCAUAUCAAAUUUCAUCUUUCGGCUUUGCUUUUCAGAAAACUUGUGUGUCCACUUAUGCUGAAAUAUUUCAUUUCAUUCAAAGCAUUUUGGUGUCAGUAUUCAUUCUAGUUCAUUUAUAGUGACAGUUUUUACAAACUUUUGUAUUCAAGUGAAAAUUUGCAAAACCAAAAGAUUUUAGCUUUAUUUUUGUAUAGAAACUGUCCUCAUACCCAGUGCCUCGCUAUGCACUGACUUGAAAGCUAUAUUUGAGAUACAUCAUUUACUAGCUAGAAUUAGUAACUUAAACUCCAGAUUAUGCUAAGUGCCAGUACAGCUGGUGGUUUGAAGACAGUACUGAUCCUUGUUAAAACAUAUCAGCAAAUGAGACCCUAACAGGAAAGCUAGAGGGAAUUUAUGCAAUCUGCAUAGUUGGCAAUUAUUUUCAGGAAGGAGACUUAUCAGUUACUGAUGUGCUUUGAAUUGGCUACCUAUGCCUAAUGAGCAUGUGUCAGACUUAAAAUUCCUUUUCUCAGUAUAUGCACCAUUGCUGUAAUUGUGAUUACUAUUAGGUACUGUACAAAAUAGUGUACUCCCUCAAAUUAGGUCUAAUCUAUUAUACUUUACUGCUAAAAGAGAGGAAAAAAAUGUGGGGACUGAGAUAGAAUAUUCUGUAACAGAUUUGUAUUUCUCCCAUACUUUUCUUGCUUCUCUCAAGUGACACAAUUUUGGGUUAGUGUGGCAAUUCAGAGGCUUGAUCUUUGAGCAGCCAAAAUAAGAUUUUUUUUUUUUUUUUUUUGCAUGAUUGCAUUUCUUUUGCCAUUGUUUAACAAAGACAGAAUCUGCUUACAUUGCUCAAAAAUUCAGUUACAUAAUUUCUGUCAUUUAUGCAGUAGAAAAACUUAUGUCAUCAAGGUACACUAGACAUCAAAUUUUUUUUUGCAAAAAAAAGGAAGCCAUAUUGCACUGCAAAUAGUGUGGUCACAGGGGUGGUAUUCUUGUGGGUUUUCAGAGCAAGUUUUCCUUUUUCCAGGCUUAGUUCUUGAGAAUGUUACUCAAACCCUUCCUCAUUCCUUUAACUGAUGUCAGUGUACCCAGUCACAGCAGUAGCUGGCACCACAGGCUAGGGAUGCCUACACUGACUCAAGUAGCUAGCACUCAGUCCACUCAUAUGGACCCCAGUAGCUGACACUCUGGGUUUGUUGAUCUCUUUCACAUCCACAACUUACGGCUCCUCCAGCUACUUAUUCUAGGAUCCUUGCUCAGUCCAGUAGUUGUCACCAGAGGCCAGACUACUCCCUUAGUCUGAUACCUAUACCUGAAGUCACUUGCACACAUACAGGUCUUACUGGUACCUGGCACAUAGUCCUUGUGGCACACACACACACAGCAUAGAAGGUGAGACUAUGCAGGAAAGAUUUCAGGAAAUCUUUCCUUAAGGAAAGAUUUAAUAAGAAGAUAUGAUGAUAUGUGAUGAUGAGUCACAAGUCUGACUAGAAUACUGAUCAGCUCUGUUUCAUACAUUGUCAGCCCCUUUUAUCCUCUCUUUUUUUAAAUUGCCUUUAUUCUUUCAACUUACCAGUGGAAAAUGCAGGCUGAUCUUCCUUUAAGUGGUGCUUGUAGUUUCUUGAUAGCCCAUCAGUUUGCAUGACUAACAAGUUUUUUUUUUUUGUCAUUGUCUCCACAUUUGCUUUGCUAGGUCUGUAUCUCUGUAUACUUUGUUUCUGGUUUCCCCAUUUUUCCUUUAGUUUCCUAACUGACAGGAUCAGAUAACCUUACUGGAACAAACAUUCUAACACUUGUACAUGCCCUUGUCCGUCAUACUGAUAAGGUUUGUUCUCAUCACUGCUUCCCUUACCAUGUCAGCCAGGAUGGUGUUCCUGUAUGUACUUGUUUGCUUGUGGCUUCUUCUCUACCGUAUUACCUUACACCCUUUUGUACUGGAAAAGCUCCUUGACCAGAUAUGCUUAAAGGCAUGGGCACUCUGCUUCUACAUGCCCUUACAGAUAAUUGUGGCACAUAAUUUCUUAGUUGGAGAGGUCAGAUUUUGUUAUUAUGGUAAGAAGGCACAUAGUAAGUAUAUUUUCACCCAGUUUUCAUCCUGAUUCCUCAACAAGAGACAGCUGAGAUUAACACAAAGAUCGCUUGCAAUUUCUUUUGAAAGGAUAUUUUAGUUUUAUAGAGCCUGCUUGGAAGUAUGGAAAUAGGAUACUAUUUUGUGUGUGGUGGAAUAAACAAGAAAGAAUAUGCACUACAAUGAAGAGAGAGUGUACAUUGGGAAAAGGAUUAUCUGAUGCAGUAUUCAAAGAAAAUAAACUUAGCUUAUUCAGACUUUCAUCAGUUCCAUGGAAUACCUUAAAAUGAGUUUCUCUUCCUUGUUUGCUUUGAGUUGUUAUGCGUUCGACAUUGUGCCAUGUUAAGGACAGUAAACCAGUUUGCAGAUGUGUUAUGAA